AUGAAAAAUUCAAAGAAACAAAAGAAGAAAGAGCAUAUCUCUCUCUCUCUAAAACUAAAUUUCUCUCUCCAUUUCUUAUCCAAACACGCCACACACAGUAGAGAGAAGAAGAAAGCUGAAUUCUAGAGAGAGAAAAUCAAAGUUUUAGAGAGAGAAAGUAAGUCCUCUAUUGUUUCUCGAUCUUUCUCUCCAUUUCACAUCCAAACACACCACACACAGCAGAGAGAGAAGAAUUGAAGGUUUAGAGAGAGAAAAUCGAAGUUUUAGAGAGAGAAAAUCGAAGUUUUAGAGAGAGAAAGUGAGUGCUUUUGGAGACGAAGGAAAAGCUACAAUCCUCUGUUUUUGCUCGAUCUAGAGAGAAAAAAAAAUCGAAGUGUUUGAGAGAAAAUCGGAGUUUUAGAGAGAGAAAAUUAAAGUUCUAGAGAGAGAAAGUGCGUGCUAAAAUCCUCUGUGGUUGCUCUCACACACAGUAGAGACAAAAUCGAGGUUUUAGAGAGAAAAAAAAAUCGAAGUUUUAGUGAGAGAAAAAAUCGAAGUUUCAGAGAGAGAAAAUCAAAGUUCUAGAGAGAGAAAAUCGAAGAUCUAGAGAGAGAAAGUGAGUGCUUUCUGAGACGAAAGGUAACUAAAAUCCUCUGAAAACCUAAAUUUUAGAGAGAGAAAAAUGAAGUUCUAGAGAGAGAGAGAGAGAGAGUGAGUCCUCUCGGAGAGCUAAAAAAUCCUCUGUUAUUGCUCGAUCUAGAGAGAGAGACAAAAUCAAACUCUUUUUUUCUUCUUAUUUAGGUCAUGAGGAGAGGUAGAGCAACUGCAGCGGCAGCGGCGGCGGCGAAACCUAAUGGAUCUGAAGGAUUAAAAGAAAUUAGGUUUCGUGGUGUCCGAAAACGGCCAUGGGGUAGAUUUGCAGCAGAAAUUAGAGAUCCAUAUAAGAAAAGUAGGGUCUGGUUAGGUACAUUUGAUUCAGCUGAAGAAGCAGCUAAAGCUUAUGAUACAGCAGCUAUUACUCUUCGUGGACAUAAAGCCAAAACUAAUUUCCCUUUACCUCAACAUAAUCAACAAUUCAAUCAAAUAUUAAACCCUAACGACCCGUUUAUUGACCCGAGAUUUCAAACUCCGAUUGUUUGUCAAAGACCUACAUCUAGUAGUAUGAGUAGUACAGUGGAAUCUUUUAGUGGUCCUAGACUGCCACCGCCACGUCAGCAAACGGUGGGGAUACCGGUGAGGAAACAUCCUCGAUCGCCGCCGGUUGUGCCGGAUGAUUGCAGGAGCGAUUGUGAUUCGUCGUCUUCUGUGGUUGAAAAUGGUGAUUGUGAUAAUGACAAUGAGAAUGAAAACAUUGUUUCCUCGUCUUUGAGGAAACCGUUGCCUUUCGAUCUUAACUUUCCUCCGGUGAUGGAUGAUGUUUAUGCGAAUUCGGAUGAUGUUUACCGCACGGCACUAUGUCUUUGAUGGAAAAAUGUUUUCAAAGUUUCGAUGUUUCUAUCAUUGGAAACCCCAUUUGUUGAAAAAAGGGGUUGAAAGAAAAGAAAUCACAGUUUUAUAGCUAUUGCUAUGAGUCUGUUGCUGGAAGAGAUUUUAAAUCUUCAAUUUACUUAUCCUAUUUAAUAGAUGGAUCUGUGUGUCUGAUAAUUGAUCUGAUUAUGUGUCCUUCAACUAUAUAUUUGUUGUGGGAUAAUGUAGUCCUUUAUUGUCAGUUGAAGCCAGAUUUAUAUACAUUGACAUGUAAAAUUAGAGGGAACUUUCAGUUCCAGUGUUGUUAAGUAUGAUGAUAUGUACUCUUUCAUUACUUUAUGUCAGAAUCAAGACUUCAUUUGAUCAAAUAUUAGUUGACAUGUGUUUAUUGUCA